UACAUCAGUGCUACAAUGUAAACGCACUGACAAUUGUUUGGUACAGACUCGGCUAUUUUAAGCGUGGUAGCAUAAUUUGGCAGAAUAAUUCGUUAAUACAGCGUCCUAUGACCUGCUUGACUGAUCCAUUCUUUAGCUGUGACAGAAAUGGAGAUGUGUUGGAAAUCGGUGAUGGUUUUAAUGACUUUAUUGAUGAUAGAAGGUGCGUAUUCGACAUCAGAUCUUGAUUCGCUACAAGAAGAGUACGCAGAAUGGCGAUUACAGAGCUCUCCCGAGUACUCUACAAGGUUGGGCAGAUACAAGUACAACGACAGACUGGAUACGUUUGCAUACUCGGGAUUCGAAGAAAAUUUUAAUAAAUGUGUUGAUCUUCUAAGUCGUUUGAAGAGUAUAAACUACAGGCAACUAUCACCCAAACAGACGAUAGAUUAUGACGUAUUCAAUGAUACUUUAUGGACAUUUGUGCGAGGAUAUGAUUGGCGAGAUUAUAGUGCCCUGAAUCCAAUUAAUUUCCUGGAAGGACCACAAGUAGACCCAGCUUUCCUGCCGAAAUCAAUGCCAUUCGACACCAUAGGCGACUAUGAAAAUUAUAUAAGACGACUACAGUUGAUUCCAAAUCAGUUUGAUGAAAUGAUUGCACUGUUUGAGAAAGCAAUAGAAGAAAGGCACACUUAUCAUAACGCAUCAGUGAACAGAGUUCCGGGCCAGAUCGAUUACAUUCUUGAGGGCGUUAAUGAUACAAACUUCCCCCUUUACGAACCAUUUAUGGACCAGUUGACAAAGCACAAAGCCAUAGAAGAGUCUAAAAAAGAAGAGUUGCGACAGAGAGUCAAACCAUUUAUAAACAUAAUUCUUCAGAAAUAUCGGAACUUGAAGACAUUUUUGCAGGAUGUCUACUUUCACAACCUCAGAAGUGGUGUCGGGGUGAGUGACUGGGAUAAAGGGAGAGAAUUCUACAAAGAAUGUCUAAGAUAUUACUUAACAUUGGAUUUAUCCCCAGAAGAGGUUCAUAACAUAGGAUUAAAGGAAGUGGAAAUGAUUUCUAUGAAAAUGAAGAAGGUCAUGUUAAAACUUAACCAACAAGGCACUGUGAAAGAAUUUUUUGAUAAAGUUAAAGCAGAUCCACAGUUCUAUUUACAAAGCGGGGAUGAAAUUAUAGAAUGGUAUACGAAUGUAAUUGAGAAAGAAAUCAAACCAAAAUUACCAUCCUUUUUUAAAAAUAUUCCCGAUUUACCAUUAGUAGUGGAACCCAAUCCAAUUGAUGGCGUUGGUGGACAAUAUUUUGAAGGGUCUUCGGAUGGUUCCAGGCCAGCAGUGUUUCAAGUUAAUAUUCAUCAUCCUAAUAAAUUACCAACAAUUGACUUCAUGGCUUUACUUCUCCAUGAAGCAAAUCCAGGACAUCAUUUACAGAAAUCCGUUGAAGCAACUGUCAAGAUCCCUAAAUACAGGAUAGUUCGGAAUAAUCAUUACUUUUUGUCCCCUACAAAUAUACCUAUGUAUGCGGCGUUCUCCGAGGGAUGGGCAUUAUAUGCAGAAUCCUUGGGUGAGGAAAUGCAGUUAUACAAAACUGAUUAUGAACUUAUGGGAAGAUACGGACGGGAGAUGUUCAGGGCCUGUCGCCUUGUAGUCGAUACAGGAAUACAUUAUUACAACUGGACAAGAGAAAGGGCCAUACAAUAUAUCAUGAAUUAUACAGCAUACGAUGAGGCCAAGAUCACAGUCGAAAUUGACAGAUAUAUAACAUGGCCUGGUCAAGCAUGUGCAUACAAAAUUGGGGAGUUUAAAAUAAGAGAGUUACGUGAAAAGGCCGAAAAAGAAUUAGGUUCAAACUUUGACAUAAGAGAUUUCCAUUCUACUGUUUUGAAAGAAGGUGGUAUUCCGCUUAAUGUACUAGAAAAGAAUGUCAAUCAUUGGAUUGCGAAAACAAAGAAAAAAGUGCGGGAAACAACAAAUCAGUGUACUUCCGGUGGAUUCAGAAUGGAUGCUUACUUGAACAUAUUUCUGAUUAUUUAUAUUUUAAUUGUUUCUUAGAUAAGAUACAAUUUAGUUUCCUUUCCCGCAUGUAUUUAGAUACCCUUUUAUGCUUUUUUUGCUUGAGGAUUCCAUUAUAUAAAGUAAUGAAUGUACUUCC